CCUUGGCUUACAGAGGCGGGAAGAGGGCGCUGGCCCGCGGACGUCCAGCCGGACCACCCCCCUGGGCCGCUGGGGCUAGGCUGGGGCUGGCGAGCGGUGGUAUGUGGAUGGCCAUGGGGCCUCGGGGAGGUCCCCGGGAAGAGGAGCCUCAGUAAGGCAGAGCCCAGCAAGGAGCCUGGGACCCUCGCCCGUAGGAACCACGAUGUGUCUGCGACUGGGUGGCCUGAGCUGCAGUGAUUACAAGAAGGUUCUGAUGAAGACUGGCCUGGUGCUUCUAGUUCUGGGGCACAUCAGCUUCAUCACGGGUGCUUUGCUGCACGGCACAGCUCUGCGUUAUGUCACAGACACCCAGGAUGCCAUCUCGCUGCAGUAUGCCGUCUCCAACAUCCUGGCCGUCACCUCGGCCAUCUUGAUCAUUGCCUGUGGGAUCACAGUCAUUGUGCUGUCCAGAUUCUUCUCCCUCACCUCUCUGCGAUGGACAGUGUUUGCUGCCAGUGUAACCAGUGCCCUCUUCUCCCUGGUCUGCUCCCUUGGACUCCUGGCAUCUAUUGCCAUCACCUUCGCCAACCAGGGCCGGUCACUGCUCGCCACCUGCUCCUUCAGUAACUCCGAGCUCCUCUCCUUGACACCGGAUUGCCCCUUUGAUCCCACCCGAAUCUAUAGCUCCACCCUCUGUCUCUGGGCCAUCUCCUUGACACUUUGUGUGGCUGAAAGUGCCUUUGCUGUGCGGGCAGCCCAGCUCACUCACCAGUUGCUGGAACUGAGGCCCUGGUGGGGGAAGACGAAUCAGUUGAUCACAGAAAACUCAAGUCUUUCUGAUGGCCGAGACCUGCUCAGCUGCUCCAGCUCAGAGCCCGCCUUCCCCUGAGAGACUGAUCGGCUCCCGGACGCUGGAAUCCCGGCCCCCUGGAGGGGGUCGCACCUCCCCUGGGCAGACGUGCAGCCCGUCUCUUGGAAGGAGCCGACAGGCGCCAGGAGCCUCCCCAGCCCAUCCUGCAUCUGAAGCCUGCCUGCUCCCCACAGCCACCACUCCCAGCCCGUGGCCGCUCUGGCCCAGGGCACGGCACUGAGACAAGACUUUAUUCUGAAGUUAUUAAAAAGAACAAAGUAA